UUCAAAUAACAUCAGAAAUUUAAAAACUUAUUUCUUUCUCUAACUUGAGAAAAGUUAAACAGUAAAUCCUCAAACACAUAACAACCAUGGCGAAGCUUAACUUUAUUAUGUUGUCAUUUGUUGUCCUAGUUGUGGCGAAUACAUGUGUACCUUCAUUAGCUGUAGAAGAAAAUGAGCCAAAAAAAUUAUGGGAUCAAUGUGUUGUUAAAAUUAGUCCAAACUGUGCACUCAAGAUCAUUUCUCAAGUUUUUGGAGAUGGAAUUGUAUCAAUUCCUUGUUGCAAGGAGCUUGUUCAAGAAGGCAAAGAGUGUCAUGACACACUUGUCAAAUAUAUCGCUGAUAGACCUAGUUUAAUCGGAAACGAAUCCAAAUAUUUACAGAAAAGAGAUGAAUUAUGGGCUCAUUGUGUGUCUGUUUCAAUAGCGGUAUCACCUGCUUAA